CAGCAUAUGAGUAUCAUGAAUCUAUUGCGAAGCUGACGAAACGUUAUUUUUCAUCUAUAAUAUUUGAGUAUGUACGUACAUUCAGACAAUUCAAUAUAGUGGUAAAUAAUGAAUAGAGACAAUUAGACAGUUAAGUUAGUUAGGAGAUUAGGUAUCCUAUCGUUGAAACUUUUUUUAAAAGCACCCAAAGAACAAUUCAAGAAGAAUUAUUAUUAAGAACUAACUAGCAUUGUUGGAUUAAAAAAAUUGUAUUUUCGCUUCAUAUCCACAAAAACCAACUAGUAGUUUCUGUAAUGUCAACUAGUUUUUUCGCUCAUCAUAUCAUGAUAGUUCGUCAAUAAGUUGUUCCAUUUAUAUUUUCAUAUUGAUUGAUUUAGUUCCAUAGGUAAGGACUAGUUCUUGUCAUGCUACAAGAAGUCAUAGAAAAUAUUAAAUACAUAUAUCUAUUGAUGGAUUAAUUACACAGGCCGAAAUUUUAAAAUCUACAGCGGCAGUUUAUAAUUGACAGUCAAUCACCCUUUGAAACUUAUUUUCAAUCCUUAAUAUUGACAUUCACCAAUUUGAAGAUAUUGUUCUUUUUUACGAAAUUAAGAUACUGUUUUGUUCAAACUUUUAAAGCUGAGAAUAGAAAAAAUCAAUUUUUUUUUAUACAAUUCAUCUCCUCUUUGGUUUGGAAAUUUAUCUUCAUGGUAUAGAAGAGGUGGUUGGUUAGGUUUUUGUCUUCUCUGCCGCUGCUCUUGCAAGUGUAAUCUCUAAUCUCGUCUAUAUGCGAUUAUCUCUUCCUUUAUCCCUUAACUGAAAAAGUUGCUUAGCGCUUACGUGUCUUUACUACAUCACCAAAAAAUACGGAAAGAAAAGAAAAUAAACAAUCCUUGGUUUUAAUUAUUCUUUUUUUAAUUUCAUAGCUCUUAUUUUUCUUGUGUAUAAAUAAAGCCAUUUUCUUACUUUUUCAUAGUUUAAUUUUCAUUUUCCUGAAACUGUUUAGCUCCUCAAAAUUCUCCAACCUUUGCUUCUUCUUCCAUCUUUCUUCAACGCCUUUCCUUCUUCUUUAACGCCGACGUGUGUCUGCAAUAAAACACAUAGAUUCCUCGAUCGAUCUCCCUUUCCUCAGAACGUUUAAUACUUUGUUAAUUUUCAAGAAUUUCCUUAUCGUUAUCUUUCUUGUUUAAAGUUUAAACAUACAUAUAUAGAGAUGGUGGAAGAAGUAGGUGCAGUUGUGAACCAAGGAGGAGAUCAUGAGGUGGUGGAUUUGCCUCCGGGGUUUCGGUUUCAUCCAACUGAUGAAGAGAUCAUAACUCACUACCUUAAAGAGAAAGUCUUCAACGUCCAGUUCACCUCGGCUGCAAUUGGUCAAGCCGACCUUAACAAGAACGAGCCUUGGGAUCUACCAAAAAUUGCAAAGAUGGGAGAGAAGGAGUUUUACUUCUUUUGCCAGCGGGAUAGGAAGUACCCGACCGGUAUGAGGACGAACCGUGCAACCCUGUCGGGUUACUGGAAAGCGACGGGGAAGGACAAGGAGAUCUUUAGAGGCAAAGGUUGCCUUGUUGGGAUGAAGAAAACACUUGUGUUCUAUAGAGGAAGAGCUCCAAAAGGUGAAAAGACCAAUUGGGUUAUGCAUGAGUUUCGUCUUGAUGGCAUAUAUUCUUAUCACAAUCUCCCUAAAUCUUCAAGGGAUGAAUGGGUGGUGUGUAGGGUUUUCCACAAGAACGCUCCUCCUCCCACUACUAUUACUACUACUACAAACCAACUCAUAAGGAUUGAAUCUCUUGACAACAUUGAUCAUCUCUUAGACUUCUCAUCUCUCCCUCCUCUCAUCGAUCCAGGUUUCAUGGGUCAACCCGGUCCAAGCUUGUCAGGUUCCGGCCAACAAAACAACCUCAAACCCAUCCUCCAUCACCCUCCAACUGCAGCGAUCGACAACACUUACUUCCCUGCCCAAACCGUCAAUCACACUUACCACUCGGUCCCAAGUUCUGGAUCCGGUUUGGUUUACGGGACGGGUUCAGGCAAUAAUAACAACGGCAUGAUAAAGUUGGAGCAUUCUCUUGUGAGUGUGUCUCAAGAAACCGGUUUAAGUUCCGACAUGAACACAACCGCGACGCCAGAGAUAUGUUCGUAUACAAGGAUGGUGAAUUCGGCGGCCAAUGAGGCGAUGAUGGAUGGUAACAAGACGUCGUAUGAUGAUGAUGACUUAGGGAUCUUUUGGGACGACUACAAACUAAUUUGAAGGUUAUUAUUAAUUGUGAAUCUGUGAGAGUGGCAUUGAGUACUUUGUUUUGUGAUUUUAGUCAGGUAAUUAACCUGUUUAUAUAUACCUAAGUUUAUUAGGUUUUCCUAGCUAGGCAAUGAACUUUAGUUAGAAGAUGUUGUUUACUUAGUUUUUAGUUUGGGAGAAAAAGGCUUUGUAAUUCGAACUGUUUUAUUUUGUGAUUAACUUGUACAGAUACACAUAUAAUUCUUCUAUGAUUUAUUUCUUUGUGGUUU